UGAUCAUUUCACUCUCAGACGUCGAUGCACUCGCGCUCCCAUUAUGCACUAUUUUCGAAAGUCGCAAAAGUUGUAGAUAGUUUUUAAUUUUCGGGCGUUUUUAAAAAGGAUAUUUGAAUUUGAACGAGUUUUUGAAGGAUUUGUGAAGAGUGUUUUGGACGAUUAUUGAACGGAUUUUUCGGACUUUUUAAAAGUUUUUGGACACUAUGAUGAUUGUGUGGUUGUUUUUGAUUGUGCCGUUGUUGUGGCUGGUGGUGUUCCGCUAUCGGAGGCGGAGGAUGUACGCGCUCGCCUCCCGCAUUACCGGUGGGAAAGAAGAGUUGCCUUUUAUUGGGAUUACACAUAAGUUCACGGGAACCACGGAGGAUAUCAUGUCGUCUCUGAAGGACCUGAGUUACACGGCCAUGGAAAACGAUGGGAUGAUCAGGGGCUGGCUUGGCCACAUACUUUAUUUUCUCGCCCUGGACCCAGUGGACCUUGAAGUGGUGCUGAAAACGUGCUUGGAGAAGGACGACCUGCACCGCUUUCUACGGAAAAUUAUUGGCUACGGGGCAAUAUUCGCUCCAGUUGCCAUUUGGAGACCAAGACGGAAGAUCCUCGUACCAGCAUUCAGUCCGAAGAUCGUGGAGGGCUUCGUGCAUGUGUUCGCCGAGCAGAGCAUGAAGCUGGCUGGCAAGCUGGGCGAGCGGGCUGGCGCGGGCAAGCUCAGCGUGUGGCCGUUCAUCAGCUCGUACACGCUUGACUCUGUUUGCGAAACCGCGUUCGGCGUGAAGAUAAACGCCCAAGACGACGAGAAGUCCCCGUUCCUGGUGGAACUGAACAACAUCUUGCAGCUGGUCUGCGAGCGCAUCUUCCACUUGUGGCUGCAGCCUGAUUGGCUGUACAAGUUCUUCCCGCAGUACCGCAAGCACAAGCACUGUUUGCGAAUCUUGCAUGGAUUCACUAAUGACGUUAUAAUGAAGAAGCGAGAAGAAUUAAAAGCGGCACGUCUUGAGACACAACGUGAAUUCGAUCUAUCAGAUUAUUCAAACAAGACGUUCCUGGAUCUGCUCAUCCACUUUUCCGGCGGCGAGAAGGGUUACAGCGACAUGGAGCUGCGUGAAGAGAUUCUGACCCUGACCAUCGCGGCCACCGACACGUCGGCCACGGCCGUCGGGUACACGCUCAUGAUGAUGGCCAAGUACCCGCACAUUCAAGAGAAAGUUCUCGAGGAGCUUGACGAAGUGUUCGGAGACUCGGACCGACUCUUCGAGAAGGAGGACCUGCUUCGUCUGAAGUACUUGGAGCGCGUCAUCAAGGAGACGCUGAGGCUGUUCCCGCCCGUGCCCUUCAUCAUCAGGAAGGUUGAGGAAGAAAUUACGUUGCCCUCGGGUCGGAUGCUGCCCGCCGGCUCAGGCGUGGUGGUGUCCAUCUGGGGCACGCACCGGAACCCGAAGUACUGGGGUCCGGACGCGGAGAGGUUUGACCCGGACCGCUUCUUGCCAGAGCGGUUUAACCUCAAACACCCGUGCGCCUUCAUGCCAUUUAGCAGCGGGCCGAGGAACUGCAUUGGUUACCAGUACGCCCUGAUGUCAAUCAAGACGGCCCUGUCAUCAGUACUCCGGUACAACCGCGUGGUCGGCGACUCGGAGGCGUGCGCCACACCGCAGAUCCGCGUCAAGCUUGACGUUAUGAUGAAGGCCGUCAACGGGUACGAGGUCGCACUGGAGAGGAGAAGACAACCUAAAAGUUGUCAAGAGAAAUCAUAAGUGUGCGACUAUUUCUGGUGUAGACUUGGAUGGUUGCUGUGUACUGUGUAGCUUUUGAAAGUGACUCCUGACACCGAAGUUGACAGGUAGAAAGAGUUUCGUUUAUGAGUGUUAUUUUUCGUAGUGUGUGUAAGUACUUAGAGUGUCUUAGAGGAUGACGUGAGGAGGGUGGUGUGUUUUCUCAUAGUUAUGUGAACGGUAAAAUUUUACUUACUUAAUUUUAUAAGUGUGACUUGGACAUGGACAUUCAUCUUGAAAUGGGUUAAGAUAUACCUUUUGUAUGCCUUGGCCUGCUUAUACGUAUCUACCGCACAGUUUGGAUUGUCAUUUUUACAAUUUCAAGGUUAUUAAUUCAGUAACAGAUAUUUGACAAAGGCAUACGAAGGGUUAAGAUUAUAGGAAUAGCAGCAGGUGAUUUUACUAAUGUGAAACAAUUUUAGCCUUUAAGUUGGAUGGUAUUUUUUUUACAAAAAGCUUAUUGGUACUUAAUGUUUUUAAAUUGCAAAAGUUUAUAUUGUUUCCGGAAUCACAAGCCCUUCCGAUACUGACACUUGCGCUAAGGUGCAUUGGGAUAACUUCGAAAACGGUGUAAAUUUAUAGUUCGUUUUUUUUUAGCAUUAGAAAUAAGGUAAACAUUUUUUUUUAUUAUUAUUAUUAUGAAUGGGCUUACUCAUGGCCACAGACUAGCCGAGGCGUAGACGUGGCCUACGAUGGAGCGAGCUCGCCCAGAAGGUGCCUGUUCACUCUUGAUUUGAAGGUUGCCGGGUUAUAAGAACACGGAAAUAUAGACGCCGGCAAGGAAUUCCAUUCCUUGGCAGUGCGCAUAAGGAAAGUAGAAGCAAAGCGCUUCGUGCGAAUUGGUGGUGGUAUUGAUGUGUCUUUUAAUUAAAAAACACAUUUUAAAAAUAAAUUACGCCAAAUAUGUAACAAUUAUGAAUCUAAUACGAUCAUUUAUCUUCUUCUGCUUUCAUAAGCAAUAGUUACUGAUUUAAAAAAAGCGUUUUUCAAUUAAAAGACAUGUCAAGAUCGCUUACCUUCUUGCAAGUUCUUUCUAAUUUUAAAAAAUACGAACUAUAAAUAUGGAAAAUUUCUAUGAAACCAGAAGCACUUUAUACUUUUGUAACACUUACGCUACUACAACCCUUACCAAGACAUUUUGCUUACUGUUGCUACAGUAGAUAAAGUGAUUCUAGUUUAAGUAGUAGAUGUUUGCCAUUUUUGAAAUUAUCCCGCUUUCAAAGUAACCCCAAUACAACUUAUAUUAAUUAUGCCCUAUGCCUUAGAAUCCUUAGAUAAAAUUAUAAGGCAGUUAUCUGUAUAGAGUCGUUGUGUGCUUCUAAGCUUUAUUAUAAUAACUAAAUCCUAUUAUUUAUUUAUGCCGAGAGGUGUUUCUGUGUUAAAUAUGCCCUUAGUUGAUAAAAUGUUGUCAAUAAAUAUUUAAUAUUGA